UUUUAUUUCAUUCUUUCUGCAUCGGAUUUUUUCCACGGGAUCCGAGGUAAAAUUCGGAGUCUCUGGGCUUUUAGCGACACCAAUUUGGGCAUCCCGACAUCGAGCUCAUUGUCGCCACGAAGUACCGCAAUGUGCAGGAACGAUGACCAGCAAUGGCGUUGUGUUGUCCCGGUGUCCCCAAUGGAGAAAAAUACCAUCAAAUAUGAUGCGGUGCAACAGUGAUGAUCGCCAUGGGUCGAGGCAGCCUCGCAAAUGUUUUCCGAACCCAUCCUGGAGUAGACGCUCCGUAUUACCUACCUACCUGCUUGCCUUGAUUAGCACAUCUACAAUGCUAGUCCAUUUUAUGGGCCCCGCCUGGGUCCAUACCUAUACACGCUGGGCAAAUGGCACCAGGCUGCUUUUGACUAAUGGAUGGAUCCCGGAAGUGGGAACUGGGAACUGCCGCUGCAUGUAUUGUGCAUCGCUUUCAGAUACUCGGGUGGACCACGUACAAUGAAUGGCCCUCCGGUUACUACGUACCUACCUACUCGGCCAUCCGCUAUUGACUUUUGCUAAUAACAUGACAAAUGUGCUCGGGACAUUCCGAUA